CAAUUUUCAUUGUUUUUAAAGACCAUCGCAAUUGUGUCAAAUUUUGCACAAGCUCGAUUAUGGAACUUUCUCUUCAAGAGCGUGUUCAAGCCUUUUCCUUUGAAGAUUCGUAUAUUGGCAACGAACCGGCCCUAUUCGUUUAUUCGGAGAAAGACAACAAGGAAGCGAAGCCUUCAACUCUAAUCACCCGUCCUCCCAUUAUUGGAGAGUUUUCACCAAAAUGGGAUUGGGAUAUAUGUCCACCUAACUUGCCACAAUGGUCACAAGCUGCUCCCCAAAAUGUUGAUGCAAGUGCCACACUUCUACUCACUUCCCACCACAUAAACAUUGCGAGUACGAAACCAUACUCAUCUCUGGGGCGAGAAAUAGUUGCGGGUCGAACAAACUGUGAGUAUUCCUUCAACGUGAAUGGAGGCUUUUUCAGCUUAAUUCCAAUAGAACUUCAAAGAACUUAUUUGAAUGUUCUUCGUGUGUUCUUGAGACAGUUUCUCCAGAGCUUUGACGUCUUGAAAACUUGGUGUUGAAAAUGAGAAGGGAUGUCCUCUAUUUAUAGUGAUUUUAGAGGAUAAGCUCCACUUCAAAUUGAUAUACUUGAAAGUAUGUAGUAGACUUUUGA